UUAUAAAAUUCAACAUUUCCGUGGUCAAGAUAAAAUAUUUGUUCUGAUUGGCUGUUGUCCAAAAAUCCUAUUUCCAGCAUAUCCAGAGUUAUAAUUUUAGAUUGGGCUGGAUCAAAUUCAAAUUUUCUGGGUGCUCAUUAUCUUGGUCUUUUUGUCAUACAAUAUUUUAAUUUCUUUGUUUUUGUUUAUUAUCUUCAUUUUAAAGCAUUUUAAUCAAGUUACGUAAAAACAUACAUUCACAGAAUGAGUACAGAGGAGUCACAACAGUUCUGUCUCAGAUGGCAUAAUUAUCAAAGUUCACUUAUGUCAACUCUGCCUCAGCUUUUAAACCACGAUGAUCUGACUGAUGUUACAUUAUGUGCUGGUUUGAGAACACUUAAAGCACAUCGUGUUGUUUUGUCUGCAUGUAGUGAUUAUUUUAAACAGUUAUUUAAAGCACUCACUAAAGAAUUAGGAGCAAGCCAUCAUCCAGUGAUUGUUUUGCCUGGUGUUGAAUUUACCGAUCUCUGUGCUCUAGUCACAUUUAUGUACAGUGGUGAAGUAAAUGUUUAUGAACAUCAACUAGCUAGCAUGCUUUCCAUGGCUGAUACAUUACACAUUAAAGGCUUGGCUGAGUUUUCUAAUGUACCUGGUUAUACAUCUGGCACAUUUGAGAAAUCAUCGAAGUGGAAAAGGCCACGAGUUGAAGAAUCAGAAUCCUUUAAUAGAGUGAUGUCAAGACCAACAAUGAGUGAAACUGAAGUUUUUGCUGAUCUAGAUGUUGCUCAAGAUCUAAGUAAACGUGUUCCAGAAAAUGAUAAUCAAGAUGAUACUGUAAACUUAGCAACUACUGUUGACCAUAAACCGUCCACAUCAGAAAUAAAUGUAUCUUAUGGUGAAGAAGCUCCGACACCUACAGAUUUAGUUCAAGGUCCAGUUGUACAGGGUUCACAGUCAGAUAAUAAUAAAUCUCGAACACCUGUAUCCAAGCUAUAUACAAUGUGUUUUAUAUGUGGUAAACAGCUAAGUAAUCAUUACAAUUUGCGCGUUCAUAUGGAAACCCACCAAAAUGCACAGUAUGCUUGUUCAGUAUGUAGUCAUGUUUCUCGAUCCAGGGAUGCAUUAAGGAAACAUGUAUCUUAUAGACAUCCACGUCCCAACAAUAAUAAUACAACUACAGAUAAUUCAUCUACAGUGGAUUCUUCACACAAUGUAAACAAGCUUCCAUCAACUUGACCCAAAAAAAUACGCAUGAUACAUUUAUUGUUAUUAUUUAAUUUAUUGUUGUUACCCUUUAGUUAAUUUUUCUUCUAGUUAUAUCCAUAUUAAUCGUUGACCUGUUAUUUUUAUUGUGUGAGUGUUUGAUUGUUAUUGUUAUAUAUUGUUAAAAUUUAUAAACUGUUGUUGAAAUGAUAAUAGAAAAAUAAUGUAAGAUGGUCCAUUUUAAAUAUAAAGUAUAAACUUACUUUGAAAAUAAUCAACCAUACCACAAAUAAAUUACAAGCAUAAUAUAUUAGUCAAUAGACUAUUAAAAAUAUUCAGUUGAAAAAAUAAUAGUAAUCAUCCUUGGAGUCUUGAUUAAACUCUUAAGAUAUUUAUCAUUUUAUCUUUAUAUUAUAUAAUAAACUAUUAUAAAUCUAGCUAAAUAUUUAUCUAUGAAUAUCUAUCCCCUAGCUUAAAAGUAUAUGAUUUCAAAAAAUAAAUUAAAUAUUUGUCGUGUUAAAAAUACAUCUAGAUUUAACUAAAUACGAUGUAGAUUGAUGUAACAGGCUAUAAUGCUGCUGUUUUGACCUUUUUCACAUCAAAUUAAUGUUUUAAAUAUGUUUAUUUGUAUUUAUUUUCAAUGUUAUUUAUAAAUAUUAUUUAAUAUUAUACCUUUAGAUUAUAAAAUAGAUUACCAAUGAUAUAUCAGUUUAAGUUACCAAUGUUUAAUCCAAUAUUGUUUACAUAACUAUUAUAGCCUACUGAUGUCAUUUUUUUUUAUGGAGAACCGCACAGUAGGCUCAUUAUAAUGUCUCCAUAUGGUUUGUUGAUGGUAUAAACAAUAACUUUUUUUUUUUUUUACUUCUGUGAUAAAUUAAUAUUAUGUAAAUUAUUACCGACCACUGUAAAAGGUUAUCGUUGUUAAAUUUACUGUGAUACGGGCCUGUUAAAAAAAAUUAGAAUAUUAUUGUAUAUUUUUAGUAUGAAACCAUAGAAAUGGUUAUAUAUAAUUAGAUAUACAUUUGAGAUUCAGUUGUUGAAUAUUUAUUUGCAGUGUAUAAAUGUAUGGAAUUAGUGAACUGUGAUAAUUUUUUUCUUUCAUCUAUUAAUGUUCCAUGAACCUGCAUGAUAGUUUAUUUUAUUUUUGUUAUAUCCAAGUGCCUUUUACCGUCAUUUAGAUGCUAGUCAUUCAAAAUUAGACUUAAUAGUGAGAGAAAAAAAAUGUUUAGUCACUUUGAUUAAACUGUUCUAUUAAGUUAAAAUUUAAUGGUUCAUGUAGUAGUAUGGUGAUAUAUGGAGACUAAAUUUAAUAAUAUUUAUAGUAUUAUAUUUAUUAAUUUAUUUAUUAUUCUAAUACAAUAUUAAUAUUCUUAUACAUUAAUAAUUAAAUAAUACUUAUUUGAAAAACUUAAUAUUGGACUCAAAUUUAAUGGAAAAUGUAUUUUAUUUAUCAGGCAGACAAACAGAAAAUAAUUUAAUCAAGACCUGAUCAAAAUUAAUAAUUCUUGAUGUUCAGUCAUAUUUAUUUAUAUUUUAUAUUCAAUACAUACUUUCAAAAACUAAGUUAAAUUAGAUCUCAAUUCUAUGAUUUUUUUUUAUUGUUAUUAGAAAAACUAUACGUCAUAUAUAAUAUUAUAAUCAAUUACAUCUUAUUAGUUAUUCAAUUUAUUAAAAAAAAUUUUUUUUAAGAUUGAAAUCUGGAUUUGUUGGUUAUAUUUUGUUAUUUUAUUGAGAAUUGAGAAUGAUAAUAAGCUGUGAUAAAUAUGAUGUCUAGGUUUCAAUCAAAUUAAUUUUAUGCUUCAUUUAAUCAUCUAGGAUUUCGAUAAAUAAUAUGUUCAUUAAAAAUAAUUAUACAAGUGCUCAAGCACAUUAUAAAAAUGAAAAUUUUAUGGAAAAAAAUUUAAAUUUCAUUAAUAAUUUGGCCUUUAUGUAAAAUAUUUUGAAUUGUAUAUUACUGUUAUGUAAUUAUAUUUAAUCAUUAACUAAAAUUACAAGGUUUCAGUAUAAAAAUAAAUUGUAUAUCAAUAAUUAUAAAUAUAAAGGCCUCUUUGAAAAUAUGUUUUAAACUUUUCAGUUAGUACAUAGGAUAAUGUAGGUAAUUGAAAUUGCAAUCGCAGGGUGAUAAUUUAAUUGUUCAUUGUUUUAAAGCUAUUAUAUUAUUUUGUUAACAGAAAAAACGUUGCCUAAUUUUUAGUUAAACAAAUUAAGUUGGGUUUUUUUUUGUUGUAUGUAAAUAAAUGAAUUAUUUGAAAAAGGAAA